GAACGAUUCGAUACAACUCUAUUUAAAUUUUAAAUGGCAUCGUUGAGCAAUUUAAAGAAAUGUCCGCAAUUUUCGUCGCCAACUGGCGCGGGUAAUCGUUAUAACUCCACACCGGACCUGGACCAUUAUCCGGUGAUUAAUUUAAAAAAUGAGCUGCUCAGUACGACCUCUCAGCGAUUUACAGUGGGCCAAAGUUUCAUGCCGGUUGAAAGCGAGAGCGUGCCGAAGCGCAUAUCGCGAGCCUUUUUUGAUGGCGGCUUUUGGGAAUCGCUGGCCGAGGCGCGCAGCAAAAAGACGCGGGAACAGGCGCCGUUGAUAAGCAAUACGGCCGAUCAUCUGGCACAGUUGCUGGAGCAAUAUAAAGCACUCAAAUUGAAGGUAUUUCCACACACACAGGAGCUGAGCGCCGAGCGCAUUGCACAGUAUGCCGAAACGAGGGACUGGAUUAAUAGCGCCAUACGCUGCACCGCCUGGCACUGUCAUCUAUUUAAGCUGGCCGUUGCCGGUGUGGACGAUGUGGUGCGUAUCUAUAUGAAGCGAACGGACAACAAUGGGCUGACUCCAGUGCUGAAGAGUCCCUCGCAAACUCAAAUCACAUGCAUGGCCUGGCGUCCAUUGUGCGCCUUUGAGCUUGUGGUUGGAUGUCGUCAGGGCAUGUGCUUCUGGACAAUUGACAACAAUCUGCACUUGGGACGCACCAUGAAUCCCAGUCACAUAUUAAAACAUCCCGCCAAUCUGCCCAUCACAACGCUGCAGUGGAACAAGGACGGCACACAGCUGGCGACCGCUUCGAUUGGAGACAGUGCCAUCCUUAUUUGGCAACCGGACAAUGGCAUGAUGCAACCAUUGCGUCGUUUAGGUCCGCCCGGAUCGCUGCUUAAAUGGUCGCCGGGCAAUGAAUGGAUCUUUGCCAGCACCGUGGAUCGGGUGUUUCGUGUGUGGAAAUGCCAUGAUCGCUGGACCACAGAUCGCUGGGUAUGCAACAAAGGCAACGUGCAAGCCGCCUGCUGGUCACCUUGUGGACGCUUCCUGCUCUUUGCCAGCACAUCAGAGCCAAUCCUUUAUCGUCUGCAGUUCGUGAAGUUGCUUCUCGGACCCGUGAAAAGCGACGAUAAGGAGGUACUGCCUGUGGCGGAUUUAAAUGCCAUCAACUUAGAUGGCAGCAAUCAAACUUUAAUUGGCGGCACUGCCCAGCAGUUGGCUUGGGAUCCACAUGGCAAAUAUCUGGUGAUCACCUUCAAGUCCACAAACUCGAUUGCUAUCUUUCGCACAUAUAUACAAAAGUUUGAUUUGCAAAUCUCUGGUGGAUAUUAUCUGAGCGGAGAAACUCCAUCGGAAUAUCCCAGCUAUGUGUGCUUCCAGCCGUUGAACAGGGAGAAUGAUCGUUCCAUGUUGACCAUUGGCUGGUCAAGUGGUCGCAUACAGUUCCAUGCAUUAGAUUGAUAUCAAUUUGUAUUUGUAUUUAUUUGGUUCUCUUUUAUUAUAAGCGUGUUAAUAAAGGUACACAUAUUACAUAAA